CUCUUCCAUAUCUCCCAGCUUAGGAGGCUCCCUGAUUUCAUCCUAUCGGUGCCUACGAACCCUGGAUCUUUACUUGUUAUAUUGCGUCCAAAGGGUUCUGCAUCCUGGUCCUACAGCCAUGUCAACGGGACCCAUUCAAGAACAAAAUAAACCGGACCCGUCUCGGUCUUUACAUCCCCCGCUCUCCCAAGCAUCGAAGCCACAGCGAGUCCUCUCGUGCGUGCUCUGUCAGCAGCGUAAAGUCAGGUGUGACCGCAAGUUUCCCUGCACAAACUGCAUUAAGCACCAGACGCAAUGUGUGCCUGCGACGCAGGUGCGUCGGCGAAGACGCCGGCUCCCGGAACGAGAGCUUCUGGAUCGUCUCCGCAAGUAUGAAGAGCUUCUUCGUCAGAACAAUGUCCAGUUCAAGCAGCUCCAUGGGGAUCCCGUUGGUGGAGAGGAUGAGUCUCCUGCCGGCAGCUAUGUAUCAGACGAUGAACAGCUGGAAGCUGAAGGCUCGAUUUCGUCUUCCACUUCUACCAAUUUCAAGUCUGGAAGAGGAUAUGAGCCUAGAAACUACUACAACGUCAUGAGCCAAGGGUUAAAAGACCCGAACAUAGACAACGAUCACCAGAACAAUGGUGCGCGCGAGAACUACAAGAAGGCGUUUGACCAAAUAUUCGAUAAUGAUGACCACCUCCUGUUUGGUCUGCGAAAGACAGCCGUCGACCUCUCUACUUUUCAUCCCGAACCAGUCCACAUCUUCCGGCUCUGGCAGGUAUACCUUGACAACGUCAAUCCGCUGCUCAAGGUCACACAUACACCGAGCCUUCAAGGACGCAUCAUCGAAGCUGCCGGCAACAUGGUGGACAUCAGACCAGCCCUGGAAGCGCUGAUGUUCAGCAUAUAUUGCAUGGCUAUCCUAAGUCUUGACAUGGACGACUGCCAGGCCAUGUUCGGUUUGCCGAGAGAGGAUCUCUUGACCAAGUAUCGGUUCGGCUGCCAGCAGGCUCUUUCGAAUUGUGGCUUCUUACGGUCCGAUGAUCGGGACUGCUUGACUGCUUUGUACCUCUAUCUGGUCUCGGUUCGCUCCGGCAACGAUCCACGAUCUCUCCACUCCAUGCUCGGUGUGGCGAUCCGCAUUGCGCAGCGCAUGGGCAUCGACAACGAGUCCACAAACACUAGAUGCACAGUCCUCGAGGCCGAAAUGCGCCGAAGACUAUGGUGGUCGCUCAUGCUAUUCGAUGCUCGCAUUGGCGAGAUGCCCGACCACAAGGCCCCGACGCUGAAUCCCAUCUGGGACUGUAAAAUCCCGCUCAAUGUGAAUGAUUCUGAUCUCCGGCCGGAGAUGAAGGAACCGCCAUUAGUUGUCCAUGGGAAAGCUACCGAAGCCAUUUUCGCCGUUGUGCGCAGUGAGUUAGCAGAGGUUGUCCGGAACUCUCCGUUCCAUCUCGACUCUACCAACCCGGCUUUGAAGCUCCUUGCUAAGAAGCCGCAAGAGGGUGGUGACCUGGCCACCCUGGAGAAGAAGAUAGAGGAAGAAUACCUCAGGUUCUGUGACCCAGAGAACCCCCUCCACUUCAUGACGAUCUGGACGUCGCGAGCUUACCUAGCAAAAUGCCGCCUCGUGGAGCACUAUUCGAGGUACCCGAGCUCAUCCGCGCAGCAGACGGAGUCGCAGCGCGACGCUGCCCUGUCACAUGCAUUCAGCAUGCUCGAAUGUGAUACAACCGUCAUGGCCUCACCUCUUACGAAAGGAUACCUCUGGCACCUUCAGUUCCACUUCCCACUCCCCGCGUAUAUACACAUCGUUCAGGACCUGAGGACCCGGCCGGUCAGCAAGCAAGCCGAAGCCGCUUGGGAGAUCAUGAGCGACAACUACGAGGCUCGGUUCGGCUCCCUCUUCCGGAUCGACAGUCCGCUCUUCAGAAUGUUCACCAGGAUCGUUCUGCAGGCAUGGGAGGCUCUUGAAGCAGCGUUCAAGCAGUCCGGAGAGCUGCCGCCUCUACCCAGGAUUGUGGCGAGCAUCAGACAGCAGGGAGCCGAGAUGGCGCAAAAUGCACCAAACGCACAGCAUGCAGGAACAGAACAGCCUACCUAUGUUGUGGACACUGCUAUCGAUGCGUUUCCUAUGCCAAUCCCGAUGAUGCCGAUGGGCUUUGGUUAUCACAACGCUUUAUAUAGUAUGGGUGGACAGGACGGCUUCACAGAAACCGCCUCGGUCUCUGGGGUAUACCCCAACAUGCCCGGACAGGCUGCGUUAACUCCUGGGAUGAAUCAGUUCAACUGGCCGUCAAUGGACUGGGGUUGGGGCUUAUAUAGGUGAACGCCGCGUUCGGUGACGCGGACUCCACAAUUGCCCGAUUAUUGAGGCCGAGGCGCGAUUCAAAUCAACAGGUCAAAGUCACUGCUGCUGGCGACCCGUGGGGGUUAUCGUUCAGUCAUGACCAUAUCCGCACGCAACGCCGAGGGAUAAAGCUUGAAGUCAGUUUGUGCUGUGCAAAGCCUCAACGCUGUCUAACUUGCAUCUCGUAGUACCAUCACCGUU